GCGCUGGGUACCUGCCGCGCCAUGGAGCUGGCGCUGCUGGCGCUGUCCCUUGUGCUGCUCUGCUCCGCAGGUCUAACAAGAAGCCUAACUAUAACUUCAGUUGACCAAUCAGUGUUUGAAAAAGCACAAGGAGAGAAAGUUAUGUUGCCAUGUACUUUUGAACUCUUGGAAGAAGAUGAAGGCCCACUAGAUAUUGAGUGGGUGUUCAUACCAGCAGAUAAUCCAGAGAAGGAGCAAGUGAUAAUUAUGUAUGCUGUAGGCAGGAUUUAUAAUCACUGUAAUCCUACUGAGAUUGGGCGGGUGCACUUUACUAAUCCUUAUCCCAGAUGUGGCGAUGGUUCAUUGGAUAUCAUGAAUUUAAAGGCAGCAGACACUGGCACGUACCAGUGCAAAGUAAAGAAGGUUCCUGGAGUUCAAAGCAAAAAAAUACAGUUGACUGUACUUGUAAAGCCAGCAGGAACUAAAUGUUCCAUUGAAGGAUCACAGGAGAUUGGAAAAGACCUUACCUUGAAAUGUGCAUCACGAGAAGGAUCCCCACUUUUGUCUUACGACUGGAGGAGAGUAUCUGGCCCACAGGAACUUCCUGCCACUUCCAUGCUGAAUAAAAAUACAGGGGAACUUCUUCUGAAGAAUGUCUCUCAAGAAGACUCUGGUGUGUACAACUGUGUUGCCUCGAACAGAGUUGGCACGGAUGAAUGUUCUAUCGAGCUGAAUGUCACCCCUCAAAGUGUUUGCUGGGUAAUGGUCAUGUAGCGUUCUGCGUAUGAAAACUGAAUAUCCUUUUUCUCUAAACUCUAAUCCAAAACCUUGUAACUGGUGGGUGCCAAAACAAGGCUUAUUAUUGUUUUAAAUAAACGCAUGUGAUUGAGCCUCUCUCUGAUUCACUGAUGUACUAUUAACCUGGGUCAUGUGAAACAUACUGGGUUUAGUGUUAAAAGAAAGUUGGUCUUAUAACUUCGACACUUAACAAACAGUAUUGUUAUUUAUCUAUUCUAGCUGUAAAUACAGCUGGUAUAGUUGCUGGAGCUAUUAUAGGAACUCUGCUGUGUCUUUCUGAAAAGGGCCUCUACCUCAUUUGGCUAAAGAAUCUUGUGGUCUUCUGAAACUUGUAAAGAGCUGUGCCCUAAUUAGCUAAGGAACUUGUGCUGAUUUCUGUUUUCUUGGACUUUGUGAUUUUAGCUGUUUUUACUCAAACCUGUGUUUAGCUUAAUGUCAGUAAAAAAAGAUUAAAACCUUGAUGCCCAAAGGAGAUUAGGGAAUAACUGAGCUCUGCACCUGUAGGAAAUAAGUCAAAUGAUUUUUCCGCCCCAGGGAGUUGAAUCAAUAGACAUUGUUUAGCUAUAAGAGCAAUAAAGAAUUGUUUAAGUAGAAA